GUUCCUGCUCUCCCAGCCAGCAGGGUGGACCCGGCCUCGCCUCCUCCCUUCGGGCUCGGGCGGCGCAGGCGCAGCAGAGGCAGCCGGGAGGCCGAGGACCAGAGCUCCGGCUCCGGCUCCCGCUCCACCCGCCCAGCCAGCUCCCGGCUGGUCUGCGGCCACCGGGACGCGUCGGGCAGGGCCGGCGGGCGGCGUCGCCAUGGGCUCUGGCUGGAGCAGCGAGGAGGAAGAGGAGCGGCAGCCGCUGCUGGGACCGGGGCUCGGGCCUGCGCCCGGGGCUGCGCGCAGGGGACGGGAGGCGGCGGCCGUGCUGCCCGCGGCCGGCCCGGGCCCCGGGAGGGUGUACGGGCGCCGCUGGCUGGUGCUGCUGCUCUUCUCGCUGCUCGCCUUCGCACAGGGCCUGGUCUGGAACACCUGGGGCCCCAUCCAGAACUCGGCGCGCCAGGCCUUUGGCUUCUCGGGCUGGGACAUCGCGCUGCUGGUACUGUGGGGGCCCAUCGGCUUCUUGCCCUGCUUCGCGUUCAUGUGGCUGCUGGAUAAGAGAGGUCUGCGGGUGACUGUGCUCCUGACGUCCUUCCUUAUGGUCUUGGGAACUGGUCUAAGAUGCAUACCUGUGUCAGACUUAACCCUUAAGAGAAGAUUAAUCCAUGGUGGGCAGUUACUGAACGGCCUGGCGGGUCCAACGGUCAUGAAUGCAGCGCCGUUCCUCUCCACGACCUGGUUUUCUGCUGACGAACGAGCCACGGCCACAGCCAUUGCAUCGAUGCUGAGUUAUCUGGGUGGAGCCUGUGCGUUCCUCGUCGGGCCCCUCGUUGUCCCAGCUCCCAACGGGACGUCACCCCUUCUCGCAGCGGAGAGCAGCAGGGCUCAUAUUAAGGACCGAAUCGAGACUGUGCUGUAUGCAGAGUUUGGAGUUGUCUGCCUAAUAUUCUCUGCCACCCUCGCUUAUUUUCCACCCCGGCCUCCCCUUCCUCCCAGUGUUGCUGCAGCGAGCCAGCGGCUGAGUUACCGGCGCAGCUUUUGUAGGUUACUAAGCAAUUUGAGGUUUUUGAUGAUUGCCUUGGCAUAUGCGAUCCCACUUGGCGUGUUCGCUGGCUGGUCUGGAGUUCUGGACUUAAUUUUAACACCAGUGCAUGUUAGUCAAGUAGAUGCUGGCUGGAUUGGAUUUUGGUCCAUAGUUGGAGGCUGUGUUGUUGGGAUAGCUAUGGCAAGGUUUGCAGAUUUUAUCCGGGGUAUGCUGAAGUUAAUUCUCCUCCUCCUGUUUUCUGGGGCUACACUGUCCUCCACGUGGUUCACCCUGACCUGUCUAAACAGCAUCACCCACUUACCUUUGACAACAGUGACACUGUACGCUUCCUGCAUCCUCCUGGGAGUGUUCUUGAACAGCAGCGUCCCCAUAUUUUUUGAGCUUUUUGUGGAAACUGUCUACCCUGUUCCAGAAGGAAUUACUUGUGGAGUUGUCACUUUUUUAAGUAAUAUGUUCAUGGGAGUGCUUUUAUUUUUUGUCACAUUUUAUCAUACAGAGUUGUCUUGGUUCAACUGGUGCCUUCCCGGGUCAUGCCUCCUCAGUCUUCUCCUCAUCCUGUGCUUCAGGGAGUCCUAUGACAGACUCUACCUAGAUGUGGUCGUCUCGGUUUAAGUCCACAGACGUGCAGACGUUAAAGGGAUGUCAGUCCUGCACACUCGCUUGGAAUGGCACAUUCAAUAGGGAAAAAAAGGCGAAGGAAGAAACUUUCAGAGGUUUUUUUGUUGUUGUUGUUAAGUUGCAGCACCUCACAUUAAUUUAAUGACUACUAUAGGUAAUAAUGAUGCAAGACUUAAGUGUCACAGGGAUUUGGAAACUCUGUGGCUGCACACAUGUGCGAGUGCACACCAGUGCUGGCAGCAUACUUGUGCUGGACUCUGGGGUUGAGGUGUGACAUCCCGGGAUGCACUGCCCACGUAAGUACCACCCUGUGUGCAUUGUGCCAGUGCUAACCUACUGAUGAGCUGCAUUAUGGGAAGAAGCAAGGGCAUCGGUCCCAAGAAGAUGACUCCUCCUAGGUAUACAGCAGAGGAGUAGGGGAACCGCCACUAACUUCUAAAGACGUUGGACCCUGUGUCAGAUUUUAAUUACAAAAUAGCCGAGCUGUACACCAGUGAUAAAAGUUAGCCACAUGUACACUACGUGUUUUUCUAAUAAAGCCAUUUCUUAUAUGACUCCUUAUUCUCAAUCAGGUUGGAAGCCUUUCUCUGCCUUUGGGUACAGGCGCUGCCUCUUUUCCCCUCGCCCUUGUUUCUGGGAAUAUAGCGGCAGUCACAGCAGCGAGGUGACUAAAUGCCUGGUAGGGUUGCAUUAACUGUCGUGUGAAAAGUGAACUAUGUUAUGAUGUAGCACUUUGUUAUUAAAUGAAAUGAGAGCCACACGAAGCAUGUGUGUCCUAAACACCUUAUGGUGGCGCAAAUGUAAAGUCCAGUGCCCACUGUUAUUUACCGGCUUAGAUUAUAUUUAAAUGACUCCCAUUUGAAAAGGACAGUGUAUAACAUUGAAGGUUUCAGAUGUGUGUGUGUGUGUGUGUGUGUGAUUUCUAAAUUGCACAG